UGAGGCGCAGAUGAGGCUACUAUCUGUCAGACUCGCGGAAGCCUCACUUUAUUACAUUGCACCACUUUGAGCGGACCCUGUUUUAGACCCCAUAGCUGCCUGUUUUUCCUUUUCUUCUCCACAAUGACAACUUUUGACUUCUCGGACGUCGAGGCGUUUCUGGACUGCCACCCUGAUCUCUUCGAGCAGUAUCUGAUGCGCAAGGGCCGCUGGGACUCUCUGAGCGGGUGGCUGGAGCAGCACGCACCCUCCAAGUCCUCCUCCGCCGCGGAGGAGAAGGAGAAGCGCGAGCCUUUUUCGUCCUCCUCCUGCGCGGAUAUGCUGAAGCGCCGCUCGUCGCACGCGGAGCUCCGGCGCAGUUUCGCGCGCUCCAAGGCGACCACGACGCACCGCACGUACGACGAGCACGUGAGCCUGUCGGCGCACGAGUCGCAGUCGAGCGUGCGGCGGCGCGCGCUGCUGCGCAAGGCCAGCUCCCUGCCGCCUACCACGGCGCACAUCCUGAGCGCGCUGCUGGAGUCGCGCGUGAGCGUGCCGCGCUACGAGUCCAGCGCGCUCGACUACAAGUGCCGUCUGAAGGAGUCCAACGAGCGCGAGUUCUUCCUCGAGCUCGUCAAAGACAUCUCCAACGAGCUGGACAUGACCAACCUGAGCUACAAGAUCCUCAUCAACGUGUGCAUCAUGGUGAACGCGGACCGCUGCUCGCUCUUCCUCGUGGAGGGACCCUCGCACAAGAAAACGCUCGUGUCCAAGUUCUUCGAUGUGCACUCGGGCACCACGGUGCGACCCUCCUCCAGCAUGGACUCCAACGAGGUGCAGGUGCCCUGGGGAAAGGGCAUCAUCGGCUACGUGGCCGAGCAUGGCGAGACCGUCAACAUCCCAAACGCUUACGAGGACCAUCGCUUUAGUGAUGAGAUUGACAAGCUGACAGGUUAUAAGACCCAGUCGAUCCUGUGCAUGGCCAUUUGUAACAGUGAUGGGGAGGUGAUUGGAGUGGUGCAGGCCAUCAACAAAAACCCCAGUGGAACUCCUUUCACUGAGGAUGAUGAAAAGGUACUGCAGAUGUAUCUGCCCUUCUGUGGAAUAUCGAUCUCCAAUGCCAAGCUCUUCUCAGAGUCCCGCCAAGAGUACGAUAGGAGCAGGGCUCUGCUGGAGGUGGUGAAUGAUCUGUUUGAGGAGCAGACAGACCUGGAGAAGAUUGUGAGGAAGAUCAUGCAGCGAGCACUAACGCUACUGCAGUGUGAGCGCUGCUCUGUGCUGCUGCUGGAAGACAUUCACUCACCUGUGGUGAAGUUCUCUAAGACGUUUGAACUCAUGUCUCCACUCUGCAGUGUUGAUCAUGACAUAAGCAUGGAGAAGGUGUCCUGUUCAGACUGGCUGAUCAAUAACAGCAUUGCUGAGCUGGUGGCAUCCACAGGCCUGCCUGUCAACAUCAGUGAUGUGUGUCAGGAUCCCCGCUUUGACGCUGAGGCUGAUCAGGCCUCAGGGUUUCAUAUCAGAUCAGUGCUGUGUGUCCCCAUUUGGAACAGAACUCACCAAAUAAUUGGUGUUGCCCAGAUUCUUAAUCGCUUGGACAGGAAGACAUUUAACGAUGCAGAUCAAAGGCUAUUUGAGGCUUUUGUUAUAUUCUGUGGCCUCGGCAUCAACAAUACAAUGAUGUACAACCAAGUGAAGAAGACAUGGGCCAAGCAGUCUGUAGCUCUGGAUAUGCUGUCUUAUCAUGCUACAUGCUCAAAGGUGGAGGUGGAUCGACUCAAGGCUGCUAAGAUCCCUCUGAGCAGCGAGCUGGGCAUUGAUGAGUUUCACUUUAAUGACUUUUCACUGGACAACGACGCCAUGAUCACCGCCUCCCUGAGGAUGUUUCUAGAGCUUGGGGUUGUGCAGAAAUUCAAAAUUGAUUAUGAGGUGCUGUGCCGAUGGCUGCUCACUGUGAGGAAGAACUACCGCACUGUGGCCUAUCACAACUGGAGACAUGCCUUCAACGUCUCCCAGUGCAUGUUUGUCAUGAUCACUACUGCAGGUUUUCAGGAAGUUCUGACAGAUACAGAGACUCUGGCACUGAUGGUUGGGUGUCUCUGCCAUGACCUGGACCAUCGUGGCACUAACAAUGCCUUUCAAGCCAAGUCAGGAUCAGCACUGGCGUUGCUGUAUGGAACAUCAGCCACUCUUGAGCAUCACCACUUCAACCAUGCCGUCAUGAUCCUGCAGAGUGAGGGUCACAACAUUUUCGCCAACCUCUGCUCUAAAGAGUACAGCCACAUGAUGCAGCUCCUAAAGCAGGCCAUCCUGUCCACAGACCUCACCUUGUAUUUCCAAAAAAGAACACAAUUCUUUGAAUAUGUUCUGUCUGGAAAGUUCAGCUGGUCAAAUCAAGAGCACAGAGAUGUCCUCAGGUCCAUGCUGAUGACCGCAUGUGACUUGGGUGCAGUGACUCGACCAUGGAGGAUCUCUAAACAGGUGGCAGAGCUGGUGACUAGUGAGUUCUUUGAGCAGGGUGACAGGGAGAGGUUGGAACUGAAACUGACCCCCUCUGCCAUUUUUGAUCGCAACCGUAAAGAUGAACUCCCUGCGCUUCAGCUGGAGUGGAUUGAUGGGAUUUGUAAGCCAUUGUAUGAGGCUUUGGUGAAGCUGAAUAGGAAGCUCCAGCCAAUGGUAGAUGGGAUAGAUGCUAAUCGCAAGAAGUGGGAGGAGCUUUGUCUGUCCUAUCAGCAAGUGUGCAGAGCCUCAGAAUCCUCCAAUCUUUGUCAAGAGGAGGGAGAAGCUGAAGAAUCCAAUCAAAGUGCAGAAUCCACCCACAAACCACAUGUACAGUCAUGUGAAUGUGCAGCAACCAAUCAAAACACAGACUCCACCCACAGACCACAGUCAAAUCAGACAAACAGCAACUAGUCAGAGGUUAGCUUCAGUAGCAAGUAGAAGGGAUAGAGGAGAGAAUGCUAAAUAAAACAGACACCAUGCAUUUACAUGUCACAAUGCACAUCUGUUUGGGUUGCUUUGUGAUUUAUAUUGAGGAAAAAUGGUAAAAAGCUCUACAGGUUGGAAUGUAGAGCAUUCCAUGUUUCUUGUUUAAAAUGUAGUAAUAGGACUGCUUUGUUUACAGUUAGAUAGACAGAUAGAUAAACAAGUGUACUUGUUUCACUUGUACAAGUGAAAUUUCAUAUGGCAAAACCUCUUAUUCUUUUGAACCUUGCCAGAACAACAUAUGCUAACAUAUGUGACAAAAAAUAUGUCACAUACUAACAUAUGUGACCAAACUGUGAUUAUUAGGAGUUAGGAGUCUAGUCUGCCUGUUUUUGUAUGUGUAGUGCUUUCUAGCUCAGCAGCUGUUUGCCUGCCGCUAUGCUGUUCUGGCAUGAAUGGGUUGUUUCUAAUGCAUGUCAGAGAGAGAAAAUGUGAAAAUGAACUGUAUCUAAUGGCUGAUAGCAUUAAAGCUAUUGACAUGGCUAGAGAUGGUCAGAAUAUGACAUGUUCAGAUCACAAAGUUUGAGAAUCUGCUUAAAUAGGGCAACAGUACUAUUAGCGGUUGAACUGACUGUGAAUUUUUAUCACUGUGAUUUUUAACACUUGUUGUUUAUUAUAACAAAUGUCUCAUGGUUUAUUCAGUGAUAUGCCUUUUACCCAGUGGCUUUAAGUAAGGAUUAUUAACACUCCACACUCCAUUUCUGACACAUGGAAUGGAAUAAAAAAGCUACAGCCUUGUAUUUGCAACUACACAAAUUACUGUAUUGCCUACCAUCUUUAAUAAUGAAGAUUAUCACAUUUUACAAAAAGUUUUUUUUUUUUUUUUUUUUUAUCAGAACUUCGUAUGUACCACUCCUUUAUUUUCGAAAGUACACAUAUAAUUGAGUUGCUUUGUUUGCUCAUGUCAUGAACAGUAUGACAUUAAUUUGAAUGAUUGGUGCAUCAAUGCCCGAGGUUAACCAAAGUGAAAUGUUACUUGCUCUCAUAAGAUACAUUUUUCAAAAGAGUUUGCAUGUAAUUGCCCAAUAUUAGCAUAUAAUCUGCUUUUUUAACUUUAGAAAAAGGAGACAUUUGUAACAUUGAAUUUCAGUUGUAUUUCACUUAUAUACUGGUUUGUUAUGAAAGUUUUUUUUGUAGAAACACUGUGAAUGCAAUAGUAAAAUAAUAGUAUUGCAUGCUGCACUAUACUGCUUUGAAAUGGCUUUCUGCUUUGAGUGGAAGUUUGAACUUUCAGGACGUUUUGUAGUUUUGUGGUUACCAGCAUGCAUACAGUUGCAUUAUGUGCUCUGUCAAUUUUCUGCCUUACUCAGAAAUGAGUAAUUAUUUUUGCAUUAAUGACUCUUUGACAUGAUAAUAGACUAUAUUCAUAUUUUGAGGGGAGAUCAUGUGAAAAAAGCCUUCUAUAUUUUAUUAGCUACUGUGGAAUUCAUAUAUAAUGUUCUUGUAACAUAUACUUUGUGCCUGUACAUCUCUUAACCGGACACAUUUUUAUCUAUGAACCAUUUCUUCAUGAAUGGCAAAUUAAUGACAAUGAAUUACUGUGCAAAUUGUAAUAGAUAUACAGGGUAUUUUAGUAGCCAGGCUCAGAGCUGGACAUUUUCCUCAGGCAGUUUUGUAAAUAAAGAACACUGUGAUGGAGAAA